AUGGCUCAAGCUGCCCGAGCAAUUCGGAAAGCCAUCUUGGAAGACAAGACCCCUCCUAUAAGCAACCUUCCUGCCGGACACAUAUGGAAGUACAGCAAAGCGAUCGGCGGAGGAGCCCAAGGAAAAGCCCACCUUUGGGUCCACCUAGACGAAACCGAAAGAGUUAUCGACCGCAUCGUCAUCAAAAAUUUUAUAGCAGAGUCCAAAUUCGCAAUCACCGAAGAUGGUCCUACAGGCCGAAUACCCACAGAAGCUUACAUCAGUCAACUGCUGGUACCAGAUGACUCCAAAUAUUUCUACACUGUACCUAUACUAGCUUGUCAACCUAUCUCGGACUCUACUGGCGGUUGGCGCACCUACUCUCCCUACUACAGUCUCAGCAACUUCGAAACCCUUGUAAACAGACAUACAAAGGACUUUCCGCUACCAGAACCCUUCCUCUGGUUCUUCUUCCUCCGUAUGGCAAAAGCUGCUGUAGUUAUGGACAAAACACUACGCAAAGAUUCCAAUGGUCCUGUUAUCGUGCACAACGAUAUAAAGCCUGAUAAUAUCUUUUUGGGCAGUCCAGGCUCACUUGGCAAAGAUGUUGAUUUUGUCAUGUAUCCUCCAGCUUACCUUGGUGAUUUUGGACUUGCGUUUACUACUUGCUUGGGUGAGAACAGAUUCGGUCAACCGGGAGGUGCGUUUGGGUGGUGGCCUCCUGAGCACCAUACCACAGAAGCAUUUCGCGGACAUCCAUAUUCGUAUACUGUAAGUCUUUCCUAA